CCUGGUGCGGGGCGCGGCUCUUGGCUCGGGCCAGGCUGGGCCCAGCGCGGAGGGUGGCCGGGUACUGUGGGGGGGUCACCUGUGUAAGGAGAAGCCCCUCAUGGCGUAGCGCAAAGAACCAGGCAGAAGAGGACUUGAGUGACUCUCAGGAAUGGAUGGCAGGAGACCUGGACAAGAACCCUACCCAAGGCUGCACAAUGUUAACUGGAGAGAGUGUCAAGAUGCUGGCUUGCCACAAAGAGGCAGAAACCGAGCAAUUAAUGCACCAGGCUAUCCUCGGAGAGGAGCAGCCCAGCCUGGAGGAAACCUCAGGGUUAACAAUAACCCUCUUCCCCCUGGGCAGAGGGAAGGAAGAUACCAUGGUGAAGGACAAUAUCCCAAUCAGGGAAGGAGAAACCAGGGUGGACAAGCCAAUGAUGGACCCAGAGGACAGUGGAAUGAGCAGGAAAAUGAGGCCAGAAGGAGAAGAAGAAGAAAUGAGAGCCAAGAUGGUGGCAGGGGCAGAAGAAUCCACCCUUGUGAAAAUCCUUGUUUCCAUCAGAAUCCUGUUCCAGGCGGAGCCCAGUGCCAGGAGCCCAAUGAACAGCCUCAGCAACUCAGGAGGAUUGGCUACAAAUUCUUGGAUAGUCUCCUUCAGAAAGACCCCUCUGAAGUGGUCAUCACACUUGCCUCCAGUUCAGGGCUCAAGGAGCUUCUGUCUCAAACAUCUAUGAAACCCAGCUUCCUCCAGCUUAUUUGCCAGGUUCUUAGGAGGGCAUGCAGCUCCAGAAUGGACCGCCAAAGUGUCCAGCAGCUCCUGGGCAUGGUAAAGGAAUCAAACUUCCUCAAGAUCUGCCUGCCACAGUAUGUUGCAGACAUGAUGACUGAGGUGAUUCCUGCUGUACGACAUCAGUUCCCUGAGCAUAUAAACAACAUCAUCUCCCUCCUUCAGGAUCUGGUGAGCAUUUUCCCAGCCAGUUCUGUGCAGAAAAUCUCCAUGUUGAUGUCUGUCCUGCCAGCAUCUAUAAAUGCCCUGAGAGCAUCUGGUGUGGACAUUACAGAACAGAUUGAGAAGAACCUAGAAAAAGUCCUGACCCUUAUUCAGCAUCUGCAGGAGAAGAGGCGUGAGGGCACUCUGAGAGCUGAUGACUACACCCUAGUGCAACCUCAGGGUGAUGGUCAGGAAGAAACCUACCGCACAAUGACCAUCUACCCCACAUACAACGAGGUGCAUCGGGAUAAAAAGCCCUUUCUUCGUCCCAAUAUUGUCUCUGGGAGGUAUGAUAGCACCAGUGUUUACCUGGACACGCAUUUCCGGCUCCUAAGAGAGGACUUUGUUAGGCCAUUAAGGGAAGGCAUCUUGGAGCUUUUGCAGAACUUUGAGGACAAAGGUUUGAGGAAAAGGAAGUUUGAUGACAUCAGAAUCUACUUUGACACCCGGAUCAUCACCCCCCUCUGCUCCUCAUCUGGCAUCGUCUACAAGGUCCAGUUUGACACAAAGCCCCUGAAGUUUGUGCGAUGGCAGAAUUCCAAGCGUUUGUUGUAUGGGUCUCUGGUUUGUAUGUCUAAAGACAACUUUGAAACAUUCCUUUUUGCCACAGUGUCCAACCGUGAUAAUGCAGACCUGUCCCAGGGCAUUGUGCAGCUGUGCUUUAAUGAGCACAGCCAGGCGCUGCUGGCAGAGGUCCAACCAUCUGACUCCUUUCUAAUGGUGGAGACAACUGCUUACUUUGAAGCCUACCGACACGUGCUGGAAGGGCUGCAGGAGAUCCAGGAAGAAGACAUCCCAUUUCAGAAAUACAUUGUGGAGUGUGAUGUGUUGGUGAAGGAGCCAGCAUACCUGGCAAUGGGCAGCACGUACAACCUUGCGCCCCUGAUAGAGGAGCCUUCUCCAGUUGGAAAGGAGGGUUUCCUGGUGAGCCCCGAUGACUUGAGAAGACCGAGGGUGAAUGUUCUAGACCCCAACCAGUGGCCUUCAAUGGAAGCCUUGAAGUUAGAUGAGUCCCAGAUGCAAGCCCUGCAGUUGGCACUCACCAAGGAGCUGGCCAUUAUCCAGGGGCCUCCUGGAACUGGAAAGACCUAUGUGGGUUUGAAGAUCGUUCAGGCUUUCCUGACCAACGACCAGGUGUGGCAAAGCACUCUCCAGAAGUUUCCCAUCCUUGUUGUCUGUUACACCAACCAUGCAUUGGAUCAGUUCCUGGAAGGAAUCUACACCUCUCAGAAGAGUGGGAUUGUGCGAGUUGGAGGGAGAAGCAGCAGCGAGAUCCUGAAGCAGUUUACCCUGCGAGAGCUGCGGAAGAAGUGUGAAUUUCGCCGCAGCCUGCCCACGCACCUCCGCAGGGCAUACAUGAAUAUAAUCACCCAGAUGAAACGGUCAGAGCAGGAGCUGCGUGAAGGAGCACGACACUUAGAGUGUACAGCACAUGGAGUGUUGCAUGAACGCCACUUGCAAAGAUAUAUCACUACGCAACACUGGGACAGCCUGAUGAAUGGUCUGGAUGAUGAGUGGUUUUACUAUAAGGGUUCAAGGAACUCUAUGAUUCUGGAGUGGUUGGGCCUUGGUGUUACUGCCUUCACCCAGAAUGGUGCAGAGAACCCAGCGUCUGAGAAUGCGGGUGGCCAGCAGGAUGGAGAGGAGGAGCAGGAGGGGGAAGAGGAGGGGGAACAGCUGCUGGAGAUCCCAGAGGAGGCUGACCUGAUUCAGGCAGACCGAGUGAUUGAGGAAGAGGAGGCAGCCAGACCUCAGCAGAGGAGGGAAGAUGAGAAUGGUGCCGUCAUGGAACUGGCAAAUAUGCUGCUGGCCAUGAAGCUGGAAAAGCAGGGUCAAGGGGCAGCCCAGCCACAGCAGGAAGCCAUGGAGUGGGAGAUGCAACCAGCUCAGAGGAGGAAAAUGAAGCAGAAGAUGAGGGCUGAGCUCCGUAAACUGAAUGCAAUGACUGAGGCAGAAGCCAGGGGUGUCCAGGACUUGUGGCAGCUGGACCUCAGCUCCCGCUGGAGGCUGUACAGGCGCUGGCUACAGAUGUACCAGGGGGAGAUUCGACGAAAGAUCCUGCAGCAUGAGCAGCAGUACCAGGUGGCAGCAGAGAGGUUGGCAGAACUGAGGCUACAGGAGGAUCUCUGCAUUCUUAAGGAGGCCCUGGUUGUAGGGAUGACGACUACAGGUGCUGCUAAAUAUCGUCAGAUCCUGCAGAAAGUGGAGCCUCGAAUUGUCAUAGUGGAAGAAGCAGCAGAGGUGCUGGAGGCUCACACCAUCACUACUCUGAGCAAAGCCUGUCAGCACCUCAUCCUCAUUGGAGACCACCAGCAGUUGCGGCCUAGUGCUAAUGUGUAUGACCUGGCCAAGAACUUUAACCUGGAGAUGUCUCUCUUUGAGCGGCUGGUGAAAGUCGGCUUCCCCUUUGUCCGCUUGAAUUAUCAGCACCGCAUGCGCCCUGAGAUUGCCCAGCUCCUCACUCCCCACAUAUACCGGGAGCUGGAGAACCAUCCCUCUGUCCUCAAAUAUGAAAACAUCAAGGGGAUUUUAUCUAAUCUUUUCUUUGUGGAGCAUGACUUCCCUGAACAGGAGAUCCAGGAAGGGAAAAGCCAUCAGAAUCCACAUGAGGCCCAGUUUGUGGUGGAGCUGUGCAAAUACCUCUUGUGCCAGGACUACUUGCCCUCUCAGAUCACCAUCCUCACCACCUACACUGGGCAGCUUUUCUGUUUGCGCAAACUCAUGCCUGCCAAGAUCUUCACAGGUGUGAAGGUUCAUGUGGUGGAUAAGUAUCAGGGUGAGGAGAAUGACAUUAUCUUGCUAUCACUUGUGCGGAGUAAUAAGGAAGAGAAAGCUGGGUUCCUGCAGAUUUCUAACCGGAUUUGUGUAGCAUUAUCCAGAGCUAAGAAAGGGCUAUACUGUAUUGGGAAUAUGGGAAUGCUUGGCAAGGUGCCUCUCUGGAGCAAGAUCAUUCACACCCUGUGGGAGAAGGGUCAUAUUGGUCGCUCACUGAUGCUCUGCUGUCAGAACCAUCCUGACACUAGGACUCUGGUCUCCAAGGGAGCAGACUUCUGCAGAGUUCCUGAAGGGGGCUGUAGUCGCCCCUGUGAAUUCAGGCUGAAUUGUGGGCAUGUCUGCACUCGAGCAUGUCACCCCUAUGACUUAGAGCAUAAAGAGUUUCAAUGUAUGAAGCCCUGUCAAAAGGUGCUCUGCAAAGAUGGCCAUCGUUGCCCCCAACUGUGCUUUGAGCGCUGUGGAGCAUGCAUGGUGAAAGUGCUGAAAACCAUCCCAAAGUGUGGCCACCAGCAGAUGGUCCCUUGCUCCACUCCUGAGAGCGAGUUUUGCUGUCAAGAGCCUUGUCAAAAAUAUCUGAAAUGUGGGCACAGAUGUAGUAUGUCCUGUGGGCAGGAAUGCAGUGUUCAGUGUCUUGAGAUGGUUACGGUCACACUGCAAUGUGGCCACAACCAGCAGGUGAAGUGUUGGAUCACAGUGGAGAUGAAACGUGGGAUGCCUGUGAAAUGCAAAACCAAAUGCCUUAUCCAACUGGAUUGUGGCCAUGCAUGCCCAGGUUCCUGCCAUACCUGCUUUGAAGGGCGAUUUCAUGAGCACUGCAAGAGCCCUUGUAAGCGCUUCCUGAUCUGCUCCCACAAGUGUCAGCAGCCUUGCACCAGGGAAUGCCCUCCAUGCCAGCAAGCCUGUCAGAACCACUGCAUCCACAGUUGGUGCAAAAAGAAAUGUGGAGAGAUGUGUAUCCUAUGCAUGGAGCCAUGUGAGUGGCGGUGUCAGCACUACCAGUGUACCAAGCUUUGCUCUGAACCAUGCAACAGGCCCCGUUGCGAUGUACCAUGCACUAAGCUACUGCGCUGUGGUCAUACUUGCAUUGGGUUGUGUGGGGAACCUUGCCCAAAAAAGUGCCGUGUGUGUCACCAGGAUGAAAUCACCCAGAUCUUUUUUGGCUUUGAGGACGAGCCAGAUGCUCGCUUUGUGGAACUGGAGGAUUGUGGCCACAUCUUUGAGGCCCAAGGCCUCGACCAUUACAUGGAUGAAGAUGAAAUUGUCAUCAAGCUGAAGGUCUGCCCCAGAUGCCAGACAGUGAUCAGGAAGAACUUGAGGUAUGGCACCAUCGUGAAAAGGCGACUGGAGGAGAUAGAGAGAGUGAAAGAGAGAAUCCAAGGUCCAGUAAGUGAAAUUGAAACUAGGAGGCACAGACUGCAGGGUGUGCUGGAAGGGAAGUCUGUGCUGCGAAGAAAUCUGUCCAUUAAAUAUCUCAUGCUGGAAGAGAAGCUGACACAUCCUGAUCUCUCCACAAAGAGUAUUGGACUUCUUGAGAACCUGAUUGGCUUCUAUGGGCGCCUGGGUGAGCUGAUGAGCUCCCUGAACAAGCUUGAUGUGAGCGAGAAGGAAGGACUGAGGAGGCGACUGGCUGAAAUUCAGGAGUGGUUGGACAAGCCCCGGCUAAGCUUCACUGGUCAGGAGCUCUUUGACCUCCAGAGUGAGAUUCAGAGGCUUACAUACCUGGUGAGUUUUCUGGCCAGAUGCAAAACAGCAACUGCAAAGAUGAAUACUUCUAUCUCAAGAGAAAUUGCCACUCUGCGGCAGAUCCUAGAGGGAACAAAGAAGUUCACCCAAGAGGAUGAAAAGGUGGUGAAGAUGAAAAUGGAAGAACUAAAGACAGCUCUGCCAGAGUCUGGCUUGGGAAUCUCUGAGGAGGAGCGAGUGCAGAUUGUUAGUGCCUUUGGCUAUCCACAAGGUCACUGGUUCAAGUGCCCCAAUGGCCACAUUUAUGUGAUUGGUGAUUGCGGUGGGGCAAUGGAGAGGAGCAAGUGCCCAGAGUGUAAGGCAGUUAUUGGGGGUGCAGACCACACUCUAGAGCACAGCAACCGUCUGGCCCCUGAAAUGGAUGGGGCAACUCAUGCAGCCUGGUCAGAAACUGCAAAUAACAUGCUGAAUUUUGAGGACCUUCGCAGGCUGAUAUAGAAGAGCCCCAUCUCCCUCAGAUAACCUUUUAACCCUAUGAAUGCCCCUCCUUCCCUACUGCCAAGCUGCAUAGCGUGUGGAGUAGCCAGCUGGUGUUCACUGGCUCUGCUUGGCAAAUUGGGUUUCCUGUGAUUAACACUUGCUGGUGUUUGUUGCUAGAAUUAGUCCCAUUUCCUAUUGGCACUUUAUCUGUGGAAUCAAGCAACUCAAUGAAAUAGAAAGAAACAAAAAAAUUCACCCGGUUUAGCGUGAAGCCUGCAUGGGGCCUCAUGCACUUCCAAGGCUGGCGGGCACCAGUCUAUGGUGGCAUCAGCCCCUGCAGUAGCUCUGGCUAUUGCUCAUUGCACUGAUUGUUUAACCUGAAAUCUUUUUAUAGCCCAAUAAAUUUUAUUCAUAGUCA